CGUCAACUGUCAAAGAAUAUAAUCAAUAAAGCGUUUAUGUUUAGACUAAUGUCUCCCGCCUUUUGAAAUAAAAAUCGAAACUUAUAAAUAACAGUACAAAGGCUUUUGGUCCUAAUUUGUGUUAAAAAGAACUUCAAUUAUAUAAUUUUCUUUCUAAAUCAUAAAAGUCUGAAAAUGGGCAAAAAAACAGUCUCAUCUAUGAAUAAAAAUAAGGAAAAGCGUCAGGCACGUAAACUGGAACAACGUCGCAUAGCUGAUGGCAUGGCCCAUGUUACAAAGGCUAACAAGCUAGAAGAUUUGGCUUCCUUGUGCAAAGAACUCUUAGUAUAUAAGAGUAAUGAUCUUGAUGUGGAUAUGUACAUACAAAGAGUAACAGAGCUUGAUAAAAAUGUAUUGCAAUGGGCUAUCGACCUUACCGAAAGGAAUAUGAAAAGUUUAUAUGAGACCUGUGCCUGGGGUUGGAAUCGGGACCGAAAAAUUGAAGAGAUGACUGAUGAUUCAGCGUGGUACUUGAUCGCCAAAGACAAUAAAGAUAAACUCUUGGCAUUUUCUCAUUUUAGAUUUGACAUGGAUUUUGGUGACCCAGUAUUGUAUUGUUAUGAAGUACAAGUGGAGUCGGACGGUCGGCGGCGUGGGCUGGGGCAGCGAGUGCUGCGCGUGCUUGAGCGGGUGGCGCAUGCGACGCGGAUGCGCUGCGUGCGGCUCACGGCGCUCACGCACAACCCCUCUGCAUCCGCGUUUUUUAGAGCUUGCGGGUAUAGCUUAGAUGACACCAGUCCGCCCAAAGAAGAAGCCAAUCAUUACGAGAUUCUCAGCAAAUCCACGUGUAUGGAGGACGACGGCGACACUCAACCGCACAACACAACAUAACUAGCCGGAUCGUAGCAAUAUUUUAAAUUUAGACAAUAAGCUCAAAACAUUAAUUUGUACAAUUUUUAAAUUAAAUCUGUUUAUGUAAUAAGUUA